AUGACAUUUCCCGAUCUCCCACGAGUAUUGGAAUGGAAAAUACUCUCUAGGGUUCCGGCCACAUCUCUAACCAAAUUCCGAUAUGCUUGUAGACGAUGGUAUGCUUUAUUCAAAAACCCUAGAUUCAUCGAGAAGCAUUCAGGUAAAGCAGCAAGGCAUUUUAUCUUAAAGAAAGACUUUGGUGUUUAUUCAGUGAAUAUAGAUUUCCAUGGAAUCAACGACAACAAGGACCAGAGAUUUGAUCCAUCCAUUCUAAAGGAUUCAGAACAGACGAUGAUACAUGCCAUCUUUCAUUGCGAGGGUUUGUUUUUGUGUACCACCAAAGACAAAAGAAUCGUGGUUUGGAACCCUUGUACUGGUCAAACCAGGUGGAUCCGGAUCCAACCCAGGAGUGGUCACUUAGUUUACGACUCGUAUGCUCUAGGUUACGGAAACAACAAGAACAACUAUUCUUGCGAUAGCUUCAAAAUCUUGAGGUGUAGAAAGCAUUACGAUAACGUCCCGGUUAUGGAGUUUGAGUUGUAUGAUUUAACACUGAUUCAUGGAGACUUCUUGCUGAAGACGCUCAAAGCAAAUAACGAUAGUCAAUUCUUGCUCAGGUUUGAUUUCAAAGGAGAGAGAUUUGAACGUUUUUCUCUUCCGGAUGGUGGUUACGGAAGUACAGUGUUUCUCUCAGUGGUUAGAGAAGAGAAACUUGCUGUGUUAUUUGAGAGGCGUAAUAUUGAUUCGUCAAGAGAUCUGAAGAUAUGGGUGACCGAUAAUAAGAUCGAUGAGGCCAAAGGUACGACCUAUAUCCAAUAUUUUCUAGUAAUGGAUUUCAGUAACACUUUGGGCAAAGGUAUGGCGGUGGUGAGUUUCUUGCUGGACGAGGAGAAGAAAAAGGUCGUGUGUUGUGGUUUAGACACAAGAAAUGGAAACAAGACCAUCAUGUACAUUGUUGGAGGAGACCAGGCAUGA